CCCCGAAGCUUCGCCAGCCGCCGCCAUGAGUAGCUUUGGAGCUGGCAAAACCAAAGAAGUUAUCUUCAGCAUGGAGGAGGGCUCCGUGAAAAUGUUCCUGAGGGGCCGCCCUGUGCUCAUGCUGAUCCCCGACGAGCUGGCACCCAGCUACAGCCUGGAUACACGCUCCGAGCUGCCUUCCCGCCGUCUCAAGCUGGACUGGGUCUAUGGCUACCGUGGCCGAGACUGCCGGGCCAACCUUUACCUGCUGCCCACGGGGGAGAUAGUGUACUUCGUGGCCUCUGUGGCUGUGCUAUACAGUGUGGAGGAGCAGAGGCAGCGGCACUACCUGGGACACAAUGAUGACAUCAAGUGCCUGGCUGUCCACCCUGAUAUGGUCACCAUCGCCACUGGACAGGUGGCAGGCACCACUAAGGAGGGGAAGCCACUGCCGCCCCACGUGCGCGUCUGGGACUCCGUUUCCCUCUCCACCUUACACGUACUGGGCCUGGGGGUGUUUGACAGAGCUGUGUGCUGUGUGGGCUUUUCCAAAUCUAAUGGGGGCAACCUCCUCUGUGCGGUAGAUGAGUCCAACGAUCACAUGCUUUCUGUGUGGGACUGGGCCAAGGAGACCAAGGUGGUAGAUGUCAAGUGCUCCAGUGAGGCCGUGCUGGUGGCCACCUUCCACCCCACAGACCCCACCGUGCUCAUCACCUGCGGGAAAUCCCACAUCUACUUCUGGAACCUAGAAGGAGGCGGCAUGAGCAAACGGCAGGGCCUCUUUGAGAAACACGAGAAACCGAAGUAUGUGCUGUGUGUGACCUUUUUGGAGGGUGGCGAUGUGGUCACCGGGGACUCUGGGGGGAACCUCUAUGUCUGGGGCAAAGGUGGGAACCGUAUCACACAGGCCCUGCUGGGUGUCCACGAUGGCGGCGUGUUUGGGCUCUGCGCCCUGCGGGACGGGACGCUGGUGUCAGGAGGGGGCCGCGAUCGGCGGGUGAUCCUCUGGGGUUCCGACUACAGCAAGCUGCAGGAGGCGGAGGUCCCCGAGGACUUCGGCCCCGUGCGGACCAUAGCGGAGGGCCGGGGUGACACGCUGUACGUGGGGACCACCCGCAACUCCAUCCUGCAGGGCUCUGUCCACACUGGCUUCUCGCUGCUCAUCCAGGGCCACGUGGAAGAGCUAUGGGGCCUGGCCACACACCCCAGCCGGGGACAAUUUGUGACAUGUGGUCAGGAUAAGUUGGUGCAUCUGUGGAGCGUGGAGUCCCACCAGCCCCUGUGGAGUAGGAUCAUCGAGGACCCGGCCUACUCUGCUGGCUUCCACCCCAGUGGCUGUGUCCUGGCCAUUGGCACGGCGACUGGCAGAUGGCUGCUGCUGGACACGGAGACCCAUGACCUGGUGGCCAUCCAUACAGAUGGGAAUGAACAGAUCUCAGUGGUCAGCUUCUCUCCAGACGGGGCGUACCUGGCCGUGGGCUCCCACGACAACUUGGUGUACCUGUACACGGUGGACCAGGGCGGCCGCAAGGUCAGCCGCCUGGGCAAGUGCUCGGGCCAUUCCAGUUUUAUCACCCACCUGGAUUGGGCCCAGGACAGCAGCUGCUUCGUCACCAACUCUGGGGACUACGAGAUUCUGUACUGGGAUCCAGCUACCUGUAAGCAGAUCAUUACUGCAGAUGCUGUGAGGAACGUGGAAUGGGCCACGGCUACCUGUGUCCUGGGUUUUGGCGUGUUUGGGAUCUGGUCUGAGGGAGCAGAUGGUACUGACAUCAAUGCCGUGGCCCGUUCCCAUGAUGGGAAGUUGCUGGCUUCAGCUGAUGACUUUGGCAAAGUCCACCUGUUUAGCUACCCCUGCUGUCAGCCUCGAGCUCUCAGCCACAAAUACGGCGGACACAGCAGCCAUGUGACAAAUGUGGCCUUCUUGUGGGAUGACAGUGUGGCCCUGACCACAGGGGGCAAGGACACCAGCGUGCUGCAGUGGCGGGUGGUCUGAACUGGCAGGUGGGGGGGUUCCCAGGAACAUGGGGCCCAGGUAGAGUCAGGUGGCAGUAUUGGAAUUCUAUUUUCGGGAGAUGUCUAUUGCCGAGUAGAGUAAUAUAUACCCAGAGUAUGUCUAUAGCAAAGGGGGUUAUGGGGGUGGGAGGGUGGACUGACAGACAGAAGUCUCUAUUUAUUGGGGUGGGAAAAGGGGUCACAUUGCUUUGGGGGAGCCAUUAGGGUGUUUGGUUUGGGGUGUUUUUUAAGUUUAUUAUUUUAUAUCAUCCGGAAAUAAAAACACGUGCACUGAGGUGGAGUGUCAGGGUCUGUGUAUAUGGUGUGUCCAUAGAUUGUGUCUAUAAGUGUAUAUGUACGAGGUGUGUGUGUGGUGUGCAUAUAUUACAGCGUUUGUGAUGAGACACCAUUAUCAGGUCUUUAUUCGUCUUUAAGCUUGACAGAAACCAAGCUUGCUCUAACUUAGGCCAGAGGAGGACUCAAUUGAUCGACAUUGCCAAACAAGGAAGGGCAGUUGUCCCCUCUGGCCUUCAGGGCCAUCAAACCAAGGAUUUGAGGGCAACCAAGGUACUCCAUACCUUCUCUGACCUUCUGCAAGUCAGCAUGUUUCUCUGGGACCAGCAUUCUCCACACCACGGAAGGAUGGCACCCAGCAGCUUGAGCCCCAAGUCCAAAAAUCCCAGGGAAGGGCUAUGAUUGGCCCAUCUGCAGAUCUAUCAACGUGGCCUGUUGUUUGGCCUGCUGUGAUUGGUUCCACUUGGGUGAAGGCCAACCCUGGACCAAUGAUUGUGGCCAGGAAGAUGGAAUAUGUAAAAACACGGAAGCCUCCACUUGAACCACGAGGUUGAAACAGGGCAAGGAAAGUUUUCAGAGAAGUGGACUGAUGACACUAUCGAUGUCUAGGAGAUGGGGUAUGAGGAUUCUGGGUAGCAAGAGACAGAAACCUAACUUCAUCCAGCAGAAACAAUAAGAAGCCAUUGCCAGGUCAUGGAACUGGGUAGUCCAGGAGGGACCCAGCUAGAUUCAGGGGGCUCAGAUGUGAUUGGGGUUUUCCUUUUGGUGAUUUCUCAGUGUAGUAUCUAACUUUGAGCAAAUUUUUAACUUUAACUUUGUAUUGAUGUAUGCUACAUGCAGAGAAGUACGCUCAUCAUAAACGUAUAAUCACAAACUGAUCCCAUCCAUGCAGCCAGCUCCCAGAUGAAGAAGUAGAACAUCCCCAGGCCCCAGAAAGCGUCCUUGUGCCCCUUCCUAGCCAUUGCGCACCACCGCCCGGCCCCCGCCAGUAAUUGCUAUCCUACUUCUCACACCAUAAAACAGUUUUACCCAGUUUUGUACUUUAAAUCAGAGGUCAGCAGACUGUUUCCGGAAAGGGCCAUAUAGUAAAUAUUUUAGAUUUUAUGAACCACUCAGUCUCUAUCCCAGCUAACUGACGUUGUGUGAAAGCAGU